AUGACUGCUCUCUCAAGAGUCAAAAGCGCUGUCUCUCCUGCAAUGCAUCCCGAGUUUGCCCCCGUCGCUUUCAUCGCGGCCUUCCUGCUUGCCAUACCUCUGAUAUGGCAUUGGAAAUCCGGAAAUAUUGGUAUCCUUUCCAUUAUCGGAUGGCUCUUCGUUACGGACAUGAUCUACGCCGUAGAUGCUGAGAGAAUGUCACAUCACCUGGACGCGAUCGAAGAUUACAAGAAGUGCAUUUCCUGGUGUAGAACCCACAUUCUUAGGCACAAUUCGUGA